UUCCUUUUUCUCGGUUCUUCUCUCCUCUUCUCUUCUCUUCUCUUCUCUUCUCUCCUCUCCGCCGUUUUCCUUUCCGGUCCCUUCCGUAUAUAUUUUUUUACUCAUCGGAAGUUGUUGCCGGAUUUUUCCUCCUAUUAGGUUUCUAUAUUCGAUUCAUAUCUGAUCUAGGUUUUUCGAUAUUUCUUAAUUCAAUUUUUAGUUAUUUGGCUGAAACUAUGAAGAGCGCCGUUCAGCAUUCAGUGCUUAUGGUAGAGGAUGCCGAUAAGGAAAAGAAGAAAAAGCGUCGAUCUAAUCGCCGAUCCAAGCAGAACGCAGGUGCGGCUUGUGGUUCAGUGAAUGAAACAGUCGGCGAGGCAUCAGAAAACUUGAAAAGUGGUAGUGAAACUAAAAUUUCAACAUCAUAUGUGAAUUAUGCUUCUCCGAAGCAGCAAGGAUCGGAGAAGCAUGUUCCAAAUGAGGAGAGGCCAGCCAAAGCAUCUAAUAUUGCUUUCAAUUCUAUGCCAAUAAUGCAUAUAAAUGAAACUGAACUUGGUGGAGUGAGUAGUGCACAAGACGAGUAUGUUGGUGAUAGAAUGUUUUCAAAGUCAUGGCCCGAGCCAAUUGUGCAGGACAGGUCUUCUGGAACAGACACGUACAGCUUUUUUCAUUCUCAACAGAUUGAGGCAUCCACUCAACGCAAACUCUUUGUUCGACAUUGGCCUGUUGAGGCUGUAACUGAUGCUUUGGAGAAAGGUGAAGCUUUUAAAGCAUUGUUUCGUGUGAAUGCUUAUAAUAGACUUGAGGCCUACUGCAAAAUUGAUGGAGUUCCAACAGACAUUCUCAUCAGUGGCAUUGUUGCCCAGAAUAGAGCUAUUGAAGGAGAUACUGUGGUCAUUAAGGUUGAUCCAUUUCCAUUCUGGACAAAGAUGAAAGGGUCAAGUGGGUCUUCCAACAAUUCUGCACUGGCAGAAGGUAAUUUACUCCCAGAAGUUAGUGAAUCAGUUGCUUCCAGCAACAAGGGGAAAGGUAAGAUGAAUGCAGAUUGCGAGAAUGACGAGGAUAUGGUUGAAAUGGUUGGAUCAGCUUCUUAUAAUUAUGUUAAUGGGGCUCAAUCAUCUGCUCCAGAUGCUCCAAAUGUAAGCUCUUCUGGUAAGCAGAAUGAUGGUACAGAUGCUGUGGGCAGGUUGGCUGCCAUGGUUAGCUCAUCCCCAAUGAAAAGGCCAACUGGCACUGUUAUAGCUAUUGUCCAAAAGUCUAGUCGGCGAGAUGCUAUUGUUGGUUUCCUUAAUGUUAAGCAGUGGUUUUCUUACAAAAAAGAUGCAAAGAAUAAGAGCUGUUUGUCAAUUUCUGACCACGGUUAUAUCCAUCUAACACCAACUGAUCCAAAGUUUCCUAAAAUGUUAGUUCUUUCAAGAGACUUACCUGAAAGUAUUAAGAAAAGAUUGGAGGAUGGCGAUGCAACAGUUCAGAUGGAAUUGGUUGCUGCAGGAAUUGAUGGUUGGAGUGAAGAAAGUUCUUUUCCACAGGCUUGUGUAUUGCAUACUUUUGGAAAGGCUGGUGAAUUAGAACCACAUAUCAAUGCAAUACUGUAUGAAAAUUCAAUUAUUUGUGCUGAUUUCUCUCCUGAAUCACUUUCCUGCCUCCCACAUAUUCCUUGGGAGGUGCCAUGGGACGAACUUCAAAAAAGAAAAGAUCUUAGGAAUUUAUGUGUAUUUACAAUUGAUCCUUCAACAGCCACAGAUCUUGAUGAUGCCUUAUCAGUUGAAAGGUUGCCUGCUGGAACUUUUAGAGUAGGUGUGCACAUCGCUGAUGUUUCAUAUUUUGUUUUACCAGAUACAGCGUUAGAUCUAGAAGCUCAGAGUCGAUCAACAAGUGUCUACAUGUCAAGGGGAAAACUACCAAUGUUGCCCCAAUUGCUUUCAGAGAAUCUAGGUUCACUUGAUCCUGGAGUGGAUAGGCUUACAUUUUCUAUUUUCUGGGAGUUAAAUAGUUCUGGGAAUGUAGUGGAUCGUUGGAUUGGUCGCACUGUUAUUAGGUCUUGUUGCAAGCUUUCAUACAAGAAUGCUCAAGAUAUCAUUGAUGGGACUGUUGAUGGGCAGGGUUCUCAUUCGUCAGGAGAUUGUCCUAAGUUGCAUGGCCAUUUUGAGUUUCUUGAUGUGGUCAAAUCUGUUAAAUGUCUUCAUGAAAUUUCAAAAAUCUUGAAGAAGAGGAGAUUUGAUGAUGGGGCUUUACAGCUUGAUAGUUUUAAAGUUGAUUUCUUGUUUGAUGAACUUGGGGUUCCAUAUGAUAGUGUGCUAAAUGAACAGACAGAUUCAAAUUUUCUUGUGGAGGAGUUCAUGCUUUUGGCAAACACAACAGCAGCCGAAGUCAUAUCUAGGGCUUUCCCGGAUGGUGCAUUAUUGCGGAGGCAUCCUGAACCUAACCUGAGAAAACUGAGAGAGUUAGAAGCUUUUUGUCAGAAAAAUGGUUUGGAAUUGGACACUUCUUCCUCUGGCCAAUUUCAUCAUUCCUUGGAAAAAUUAAGGGAAAAGCUGAAAGAUGAUACUAUGCUCUUUGAUAUUCUCUUAUUAUAUGCUUUAAAGCCAAUGCAAUUAGCAACCUACUUUUGUAGUGGUGAAUUAAAAGAUAAUGUGGAUGACUGGGGUCAUUAUGGCCUUGCUGUUCCUCUUUAUACACAUUUUACUUCACCACUACGUCGAUAUCCUGAUAUCAUUGUGCAUCGGAUGAUGGCUGCUGUUGUUGAUGCUGAGAAAUUUUAUCUUAAGCAUUUGUCAGUGAAAGCUAAACAUUCGAAUGAAGUUUCAGGAGGGUGUUUCACUGGUAUUUGUUUUGAUAAGGAUGCUGCUGAAUCCCAACAAGGUAGGGAGGCAUUAUCAACUGCAGCAUUGAAACAUAAUAUUCCCUGCACAGAAGUACUUGCUGGUGUUGCUGCACACUGCAAUGAUAGACAACUGGCUAGUAGACAAGUUAAGGAUGCUUGUGAUAAGCUCUAUACAUGGUUUUUGCUGAAGAAGAGAGAGAUUUUAUUGUCUGAAGCUCGGGUGCUUGGUCUGGGGCCAAAAUUCAUGUCAAUCUAUAUUCACAAGCUUGCUAUUGAACGGCGGAUAUACUAUGAUGACGUUGAUGGCUUGAUUGUGGAAUGGCUUGAGUCCACAUCUACAUUGGUGCUCAGUUUAUCCACCCAUAGACGCAAUAAGAGAGGUGGCACUGGAUAUUACAGGGCCAUUGGAAGUGUUGCAUUGAUCGUAAACCCUUACGAUCCAAGUGUGGAAUCAGAAAAAAAGAGUGCAUGUGGGUGUGGUGUAAGAUGGGUGGGUGAUGGUGAGGCAGCACCUCAAGAUUUGGUGGCCAAUGCAAAGACUGGAAUUGAUCCUGGAACUUUCCCUCUAACGCUUCAUCUCCUCUCAACAAUUUCUGUAGCACUUGAUGCAGUUGGUGGGGAUGAUGGACCCCUUGAUAUUAGGGCAAGGCUAUACAUGAGUUCAUAUUUGAGGUAACUCAUAUGAUUUGGAAGAGAUGAUAAGGCACCAACUGAGCAGGGCAUCGACCUCAAGGAGAUGAUGUUAACAGAACCAGGCAUGGGAGAAGCAGGUUCUGUUCUUGAUAAGAAACAAGUGCAUGGUUCAAAAGGCAUCUUAGAGGGAAGAAAAGAAAAAGGAAAGCUGGUGGUUGAAAUUGGGUGGUUCUUCGUUAUUUGCGUUUUGAUUUAGGACUGUGACAUCUGAUGAGAAGUGUAGAUACCAUCAUAAUAGGUGGGUUUCUGGUUGUUUACUUGGCUUUGGUGGCUCUUUUUAACAAAGCUGCUAUGUUGGGAACUUGGCCCUUGUUUUUACGAGCCAGUUCCAUCCCCAGCAUUAUUCUGAUUGUUAGCUCUUAUCUUUUAUGCUGUAGUAUUGCCAUCUUCAAGACUGCAGCCCAAAAGUUUUUUGAUUUGGGUGGCUGAAUAUGGGUAAUUUAGAUUCAUUUCGGGUUGCCGAGAACCGAGUUAUUCCUUCCUUGUAUUGUCAUCUUAUUUUACAUUUAUUAAAAUGAAAGCUCUUUA